CAUGAGAAAAUAGUCUCGCCCAACUAGUAUCCAUGAGCUCACUAGUACAAUCCCUCUCCCAAGUAGCCUCUUGGACCACGUUGAUAGGGUAAAGCCAUGACCAUGAGGUUAAGAAAAAGCCAUGACCAUGAAGCAGCCAAGAUCGAACGGCACUGCACAUUGCCCGAACCGAACCAUAUCGAAGCAACAAAUUUUCCGAUUAAAAAAUGCCGCACAUGAUCCGCGCCCAGCCACUUGCAUAUAAUAAUCGGAAUAUUAGCAGCAGUACUUCUUUGGAUUAACCUUGAGAAUUGCUAGUAGAUCACAAUCCAAGAAACAUCACCCGGCUGCGCUGACCGGCCGAUCGAUCGCUCGAAAUGGAUCAGAGGGCGAAGAGGGUGGCCAUCGUGGGCGCCGGCACGAGCGGCCUCGCGGUCUGCAAGCACCUCCUCGCGCGCGGCUUCCGCCCCGUCGUCUUCGAGGCCGGCGCCGCCGUGGGCGGGCUCUGGACGCGCACGCUCGCCUCCACGCGCCUCCAGUCGCCGGCCGCCGUCUACCGCUUCUCCGACUUCCCCUGGCCGGAGUCCACGGACGCGUACCCGCGCAGCGCCCAGGUCGCCGCCUACCUCGCCGUCUACGCGCGCCGCUUCGGCGUCCUCGAGCGCGUCAGAUUCCGGAGCACCGUCGUCUCCGCCGAGCACGUCGGCGACGGCGGCUGCGAGGACGCCGCCGACGGGUGGGACCGGUGGAACGGCAACGGCGAGGCGUUUGGGGACGGCACGGGCGUGUGGCGCCUCACCGUGCGCCAUUGCCAUGGAGAGCCGGAGCCGGAGAAGACGACGACUGAGGUGUGCGAGUUUGACUUCCUGAUCCUGUGCGUGGGCAGGUUCAGCGGCGUGCCGAAUGUCCCGGCGUUCCCGCCUGGGCGUGGCCCGGAAGCGUUCAAGGGGCGCGUGCUGCACUCCAUGGAGCUCUCCGACAUGGGCCACGCGGACGCCGCCGCGCUGCUGAAGGGGAAGCGCGUCGCCGUCGUCGGCUCCGGCAAGUCCGCCUUCGACAUUGCCGCCGACUGCGCCGACGCCAACGGUGCGGAGCGGCCGUGCACGAUGGUCUGCAGGAACCCGCAGUGGCUGCUGCACGACACGCAGAUCUGGGGCAAGCUCAACAUCGGCUACCUCUACAUGAACCGCUUCGCGGAGCUCAUGGUCGCCAAGCCCGGCGCCGGGGUCAUCUCCCGCCUCCUGGCCACGCUCCUCACGCCUCUGGGCUGGCUGGUGUCCGCGGUGACAGGGGCGUACUACCGGAGCGCGAUCCCGAUGCGGGAGCACGGCAUGGAGCCCGGGCACGGGUUCGCGAGCUGCGUCUCCUCCUGCCUCAUCGCCAUGCUCCCCGACGGCUUCUACGACAAGGUCAAGCAAGGCAGCAUCGUCUUCAGGAAGCUCCCUACGGCCUCGCCCUUCACCUUCUCCAGGGACGGGCUGGAAUUCCUCGACAACAGUGGCGAGAGCGAGAGCACCGUGAAGAAGAUCCCGGCCGACGUGGUAAUCCUCGCCACGGGGUACCGCGGCGACCAGAAGCUGAGGGACAUGUUCGCGUCCCCCAGACUGAAGGCGAUCGUGGCCGGGUCGCCCGACGCCGCCGUGCCGCUGUACCGGAACUGCGUGCACCCGCGGGUGCCGCAGAUGGCGGUGGUCGGGUACGCGGAGGGGCUCAACAACAUCUACGUGUGCGAGAUGAUGUCCAAGUGGGUGGCGCGGCUGCUGGACGGCGCGUUCCGGCUGCCCGGCGUAAGGCGGAUGGAGGGGAGCGUGGCGGAGUGGGGGAGGUACUACCGGAGGAGCGGCGGCGGCGGGGAGCAUUUCAGGAGGUCGUGCUUGGGCGCGGUGAACGUCUGGUAUAACGACGAGCUGUGCCGUGAUAUGGGGUGCGAUCCGAGGAGGAAGAAGGGGCUCCUCGCCGAGUGGUUCCAGCCUUACGGCGCCGUCGACUACGCCGGCAUACAGUGAGAGCUGAGCUCGAUCUCGGGAGCGACAUGGAUUUGCGCUUGCCGCAGCAAUAAAUUUCUUCGUUAUCAGUGUCGCAAAAAGUUUAGGGAGAAAAUUACGUAAACCACCUUUAAAAAAAAAUCACACCGAUUUUGGGGACACCCGUCACUCCAAACAGUAAUCUUUCAACGUAAAUUGAUGGUAAAUCUAACAAUGGGACCCACUUCUUGGAGCCAACGUGGCGCCACAUCAACACUCAUCAGCCAGCAAAGAAAGAAAACGAAUUAUAACCAUUCCCCGCGGACGUGGACUACUUGCUGUCCUGCGGUGGAAUUCGUCCCGGAGAAACCUCCCCCAUGGCCGUGGACAAGCUGCUCCAGGCGGCGCGCCUGGCUCCAUCCGUGUCUUCGCCGCCGCUCCGAGCAUGGGACAUGGGCAGCUCUGCACGCUGUUCGACCUGCCCAUCGCGGCGGCGCUCUGGUCGUCCGCCGCGCGUCAGAAGGAGGGGGGGGCUCGUGCGCCGCUGCUCGCCGCAUGUCUGGAGGAGGGGCUGCUCGUGCGCCGCAGCUCGCGCCCCGCUUUCGGGAGGAGGGGGACUCGUGCGCCGUUGCUCGUGCCGCGCAUAGGGAGGAGGGCGGCUCGUGCGCCGCUGCUCGUGCCGUGCGUCGGGAGGAAGUUGUUCGCGCCGCGCGUCAGGAGGAGGGGCGGCUCGUGCGUCGCUGCUCGUGCCCCACGUUCGGGAGGAGGGGGACUUGUGCGCCGCGGCUCGUGCCGCGCGUAGGGAGGAGGGGCGGCGCGUCGGGGGAACCGAACCUGGAGCUACACGACCAGCAGAGGAGCGACGACGCGGGGGCGCUCCGGGCAGCAACGGGCUCGGGAGAGGGCGUCGGUGGCUUCGCAAAAGAGAGGCGGACGUCCUGGCGCCAGAAGCGGGGGAGGCUUCGGUUGGGCAAAUGGGGAGCGGCGGCGCACUGCCGGAGGCGUGGAAGUCGACCUCGCGCGGGGGCCUUGGGGCAUGCGCGGGGUUCAGGCGUUGUGGGUUAGGGUGCAGGGCGACGCGCGGGGUCAGGGAGGCCUAGAGGUCGACGGGGAGCGGCCGGAGUUGGGCUAUAGAGUUGGCCGGAAUUGGAGAAGAAAAGGGAGAGAGAGGAGGGCUCGGGUAAGGGAUGGCAAGGUGGACGAUUUGUCCAUCGUGGCUCCACGUUGGCACCACGAGGUGACCUCUUGUCAGUUUUACCGUCAAAACGGACUUAACUGCGAAAUCAGUGCGCGGGAGUACCCGUGUCCCAAAAAACGGUGGUAAUUUGAUUUUUUUUAAAUAAAGAUAGUUUUCCUAGA